AGUCUGGCUCGGAUAUUUCUUCAACUCGAGGUCCGCUACCCGAAGUCGACUAUUGAAGUGUUGAUGCCAGAGUAGACAACAUUUUAUUCACAUUUCGUUGUUUUCGGAUUAUAAACGUUAUGCUUGACCACCGUCGUGGAUGUGUGUAAAGUCGGAUUGGACAAGUAGUCACGACAUUUAUCCGGUUUUCUACUAAAGGAAUGUUUUUUUUUUCCUCUUUUCAGCAACUAACGAUACAAGUGUUCCGCUUUUCCAGUAGGGCUGUUCAAGUACACCAGUCGGCUUUUAGGCUUUUUCUCAUGUAGUCUAGUUUUUCUUUGCAGGGAAAAGCCUUCCGUUUAUCGCGUGCUUUUCUUACGUCUUCCGGUGGAUUGUGAUUGUGGCAACUAUUUCUUCUGUAGAUUUCAUGUAACCGUGUCUUCGAGCUCAGCCCUGCGGGUUUUGGUACUUGGAUAAGAGUGACUAAAAAGUUAGGCUACUUGUCGUAAAUGGAUCGCCAUUCCAGUUUCAUUUCCAUUUGGCUACAACUGGAACUCUGUGCCAUGGCUGUUCUUCUCACUAAAGGAGAAAUACGGUGUUACUGUGAUGCCCCCCACUGCGUGGCCACGGGCUACAUGUGUAAAUCUGAUCUAAACGCCUGUUUCACCAAGGUGCUGGACCCAAUGAACUCUAACUCUCCCCUCACGCACGGGUGUCUAGAUCCCAUAGCGAACGCUGCUGACAUAUGCAGCUCUAAGAACACAAAUGCCCUGAGUGAGGGGUUGUCUAUGUUGGAAUGCUGUCACGACGACAUGUGCAACUACAGAGGCCUUCACGACCUGGCUCACACCAGAGAAUCAACAGACCACGGCCGGUACCAGCCCGAGAGCAACAACCGUCAUCUGGUCACGCGGGUACAGGAGCUGGCCUCGGCCAAAGAGGUGUGGUUCAGGGCAGCGGUGAUCGCGGUGCCCAUCGCUGGAGGCCUCAUCUUGGUCCUCCUCAUCAUGCUGGCCUUACGGAUGCUCCGCAGCGAGAACAAGCGGCUGCAGGACCAGAGACAGCAGAUGCUGUCACGGCUCCACUACAGCUUCCACGGCCACCACACCAAGAAGGGCCACAUGGCGAAGCUAGACCUGGAGUGUAUGGUGCCCGUGACAGGACACGAAAACUGCUGCCUCACCUGUGACAAGAUGAGACAGGCAGACCCGGGGAACGACAAGAUACUGUCUCUGGUACACUGGGGGAUGUACAGUGGGCAUGGGAAGCUGGAGUUUGUAUGACUUACUUUUCUAAGUUUGUUUGACUUUACUUCAUGCCCCCCCCCCCCCCCCCGCCCAAAAAACAGCCAAGACUGUCUCUCCUCUACUCGUUGGGUUUCCUCUUUUAAUUUUAAAAAACAAAUCCCCAGUUUUGUCUAUUUUACUUCACAGCUGUUUUUUUCCAAUGGAGGAAAAAGAAGAGGACUGAACUGAACGCAAAGCCUUGUGGUUUUUGCUAAAGGAGCACUUUACUUGAAAAUGAAAGGCAAACCAUCGAGGCUCUAUUUAAACUUGAGGACAGGACUGACCGACGGACUGAGAAAGCUCUGUCGACCCUGUCUGCAUGUGGAUCCUGGACUAUACAGGGAGCGCUGAAGGAUUCCAAAUCUGUCUUAUUUGCACAUUUGUAAAAAAGUAAAAUACGUUGUUUUGCUUAAAAAGAAGCUAAAUAGAAGAAGACUUUUACACUGACACCAGGGUUAAACAAAAAUAAAAUAGUUCAAUAAUUCAGUGUUGACUGUAGGUGUGUGCACUCCUCUGUGUACGUUUCUUGAUCCCAAGCCUAUUGUAAAGAUUUCAAAUAUAUAUAUUUUUGUCUGAAAGAAA